CACGCAAGGCGUGGCUGAUGAACCUCGGCCUUGUGUGUCGCGCACUGUACGAGCCUGCAAUGGACGUCCUGUGGUACACGCUCGACGACUUUAUCCCAUUGCUCUACUGUUUUCCCGAUGGCCUCGUGAUAGAUUCGGAGACGGAAUGCUGGAUCGGCGCACGCUGGAACCUCUUCACAUUCACCAAGGAGACACUUAGCGAGAGCGACGUGACGCGGUUUGCGCACCACGCGCGCCGCGUCCGCGUGCUGAACAGUCUCACGCCCCAGAAGGCAUUCGAUAAACGGCCAUCAAUGGAUGUGCAGCUAUCGCGCAUGCUCGGAGGCCGGCCGCGCGACUGGAACCCAUGGCGCCCCGAUCACGUAGGAUCUUACGUUGAUGACUCGUGUUUUCAGAUCCUGCACAAGUUCUUCGGCCAUUCUCCCGCCUUGCCCGCCCUUCGUGUCCUCUGCUGCAAUCACCCCAACCUUUACGACAUGUCUCACCUCACACUCUUCUUUUCUCCAACCCUUCGCAGACUGGUGUUCUCCGAGAACUGUGCACACUUCCGGUUCGAAUAUGUCUUCGCGAACCUCGAGAAGAGUCCGUGCAGGAACACUCUGACCGCGUUGCAGCUGGAUGAUAACCCAACUGCCGCCAGCGCGAACAUAAAACUAGACGCCUACGAUGUGGUCUUCCUCGCGAGUCUUCCGCGCCUCGAAUGGCUCCAGCUUUUCUUGGACACGUCCAUAGACUGCAACACAAUGUGUCAGGAGCUCCCUGUCGCGCCCUUCCCGUCCCUACGCUGCCUCAAGCUCACGUACCACAACAUCAAACAAGAGGAUUCAGAUCCCUCGGACGGUGAUCUCGCACUCAAGGACUUCACUACACUCCUGCGACACCUCCAGCCACUGUGCCCGCUGCAACAUCUCCCCAUUACAGUUGCUGGCAACGGCGACAUCUCACAUGCGAGUAUUAGGGCGUUCUUUGCCGCACUCGCUGCCUUCCGGCCGAGUCUCGUCUCCUUAGGGAUGGUCAUCAUGGCACCCUCGCGCGCUGGCGAACCACCGUUCGGCAUACAUGACCUUGCACCACUCCUGGAGCUCCCUGUCAAAGAGCUCUCGCUCGAAGCAAUCUACAUGGACAUAUCCCGCGCAGACCUGCACGUCUUCACCGCCGCCUGGCCACGCCUGAACUGGCUGCAUCUCGGCCAAGACAACGCCGACACCGCGACGCUCUUCCCACUUUCCACCCUACCUGACAUUGUCCGCACGAUGCCGUAUCUCACCCAGCUCGGCCUGCGCGUGCACGAUGACGGCGAGCCGCUGGACAUCGAUGCGCCCGUGGAUCCCGCGCUGCAGCGCAUCAGCAUGGUCGACCUCGGCUCCUCAUCUCUCCAGAACCGAGAGCGCGCAGCCUUAUUCAUCGCGCGCAGCUUCCCAAACGCGACGUCGCUACUGUACGACCCGCACGACAGCCGUGUCAAGGCUUUCUGGUGGCAGGCGACCGACCACGUACGACGCCAUAUAAGAGAAGGCAUGCAGUCCGACGCUAUUCUGGCCUCUUUGGCGGGGCUGGUGGUGCCUCCGCCGAGAUCCAGACGAUAUGUCGAGAUCGUGCUCGACGAUGAGGUCGAGGAUGAGGUCGAUGGUAUUGCGACUGGAGUCGGACAGGUCGCUGUUUAGUUGCAGGAGGUUUCGUGGAAAUUUCAAGGCAUUAUAUCGUGUGAGGGUCAGAAUACAGAUUUCUUGGCACGACGUGUUAUAGUACGCUUGAUAUAUAAGGUUCAUCAUAU